UUCCCGAUAUCACUAUUAUAUUGCUUUUUUUUUCCUUUACUUCUUCUCCUUACCCUUGAAUGUAUCUAUGACUCUUUCCUUCGCUGCAAAUUUCUGAUAAAACUCCUAGUCCACGCUCCUCCCUUGUAUCUUCCCCAUCCCUCUGUCCAUCAGGUUCUCUCUCCUUUUUAAACUCAAUUUCUUUCUAGAUUGUCUUUUAAACAAAGAGUGCAAAGCCAUGGAAAUUGACCAAUUAAAGCCUGCAACAGAAGAUCAGAUGGAGAUGAUGAUGAUGAUGCAGAUGGACAAGCUCCCCGAGCUUUGCGGCGCCUACAACGACGUGGCUGAAUUUCCUGCUACUGAAACUGACGCAAGUAGUGGCACCACUAUUGGUUCCAUGUCUCAUUUCAUUGAUAACCCACAAGUUGCUUCACCUUCUCUUAUGAACCAACCUUCCACCGUCUCAUUUACUGGCACCAAUCUAGUUCAAGAGCCAUCUUUGAUAUAUUAUUCAACAAAUGAAAGAUUUUGGAGAGGUGGAGCGGAUUUAUCAGGUGAAGAUUCUUGUUCUACACUAUCACAGAAGCGGAACGUGUCGAUGGCAGAGAUGAGGGAAACCAUCUUUCGAAUUGCGGCAAUGCAGCCAAUCAAUAUUGACCCAGAAUCAGUGAAGCCACCAAAGAGAAGGAACGUUAAGAUAUCGAAGGAUCCCCAAAGCGUUGCAGCAAGACACAGAAGAGAGAGGAUAAGUGAGAGAAUAAGAAUACUUCAAAGACUUGUUCCUGGAGGAACAAAAAUGGAUACUGCCUCUAUGUUAGACGAAGCAAUUCACUAUGUCAAGUUUUUAAAGACUCAAGUGCAAUCACUGGAGAGAGCUGCAGCUAAUAGACCAACCGGAAUAGGGUUCCCUGCACCACUGUCAUCUAACUGCUGUUAUCUUUCCAUGGGAAAAUCAUACAACGGUCAUCAUUUUGGAGAUGCUUAACUUAAGAAAAUAGUUAGCUGGCCAACAUGCUACAAUAUUGUUCUAGUAAUGAUCCAUGUUGUUUCAAAAGGGAUUAUAAUUUAUAAAGAAAAUCCAUGGCUUUUUAUUCAACAAUUUUGUAAUCCCUGCUGUAUUGUUAUAAAAUAAUCACAGUAGCUUGAUUGACAGGUAGCAGAAUUCAUGUUUAAA